ACUUCUGCUUAACAGAGAGCACAAGAUUUUCUCAGCAAACAAACACUCCUCCAAAUUUUCCCAGAAAAUUCAACUCCCGAGAAAAAAAAUAUACCUCACCGUCGACGACUCAAAGGAGAACAUGUCGUGGCAAACCUACGUCGAUGAGCACCUUAUGUGCGAAAUCGAAGGUAAUCAGCUAAGUUCUGCAGCUAUCCUCGGCCAAGACGGCAGCGUUUGGGCACAGAGCUCUUCUUUCCCUCAGUUCAAGCCUGAGGAAAUAACUGCUAUCAUGAAUGACUUUGCGGAGCCUGGUACACUUGCUCCAACUGGAUUGUUUCUCGGUGGCACAAAAUAUAUGGUGAUCCAAGGUGAACCUGGAGCUGUCAUUCGAGGGAAGAAGGGUCCUGGUGGUGUAACUGUUAAGAAGACCAAUCAGGCCCUGAUCAUUGGCAUUUAUGAUGAACCAAUGACUCCGGGUCAGUGCAACAUGAUAGUUGAAAGGCUUGGUGAUUAUCUCAUCGAUACGGGUCUUUAAUCCUCUUGGUAUUUCUUGUUAUCGUGCUUAUGUUCAUUGGCUUCUAUACAAGGUUUUGCAUCGACUUGCCAUGAGAAUGCUUGAUUGCAAUGUAAUAAUAUUAUUGGUAUCAAAAGUCAUGGGAUCUGCGUGUAGGAAAGAAGUGUUUGGUGCUUGAGAAGUGAUGACUAUAAUCUGUGGUGCUUUUUUAGCUGGUACUUGUAUACAUUAUAGUGGUUUUAAUGCUAUGGCAUAAUGAUUGACAUAAAUUUAUUUAAACUUUGCUUGUUCUCA